AUGGCUCUCUUGGCGACACGGUUGACAGCUCUCUACUCGGCGCUAGCCUCCUCGUUCGGCGUCAUUUUGAUCUGGACUCUCUACACCGGCGGCAACCCCGUACUGUUGGAGAUCUACAAGCCAUGGUUGCGUGCCGCAGUAGCUGAGUUAGAGAUCAACUGUUUCACCUUUGCGCUCUGGACGGUGUACAAGGAGUCCAGCUACGUGUAUUCAGGAAUUUGGAUAUUUUUUAUGUUCUGGACUGGCAGCCUGGGGACUUGCAGCUAUAUCUUGGUUCAGUUUCUCAAGUUGUCACCUGAAGAAUCUGCAGAAGACCCUAUCUACCAUGUGUUAUUGCGGCAUGAACGCAAGAACUAUGAGGAACAGAAGGCAGCCGGGAAGAGGUGUCGUCUAGUGGUUGCUGCAACAAGAAUUGCUUAUCCCAUUUUGGGUUGUUUGCUGAUAGCAACUGUGGUUUACGCUGCGAUGACUGAUGGUUCUCCUUUUCGCAAAGAGGUCCUCCUGGCACCGUAA